UUGAUAUUUCAAUUUUUCAUACAUUCGAAACAUUAAAUUUAUUUUUUACAUAAAUUUUCAAAAAAAAAAAAAUAAAUUAAAAAUUAGUGUAGUAUACGUUCUCGGGCGUAAAAGUUAAAAAACUGAUUGUAAUACAAACACAAUAAUUACCACUUUUUUCAGAAGACGAGAAUCUUUUUGACUUAAUUUAGACUUAAUUCACACAGCUGGUUGUUUGUUAAAAACAUGCAUAGCAUACUCAGAAGGUACAUUAACGUGGUUUCCUUCUAUGAUUACUUAUAAUAUUAUUAAUAAUAAUGUUUUUUCUAAUAUAAUAAAUUUUAUUACUAUUAUUGUUAUUAUUAAAUAAAAUAAAUAAAAAAAACGUGGCCUCCAAUAUGAUACAUAGAAAUAGAAUGACGAGAGUCAGACCUGUUUCUAAAAAUCUAGAGAUUCUUAUUUCAUCCAAGACCGAGUCUCCUGCUUCCAACUUCCCCACCAAACAAACCAAGUCAGACAAAUCAAAUAAUAAUAAUUAAGGUUCCUACAAACAUAACUCGUUUGUGUUUUUAUUGUUUUUUUUUUUCUUAUUACAUUUUCUGUCUAAAGACACAAGGAAGGAAAAGAACAAAAAAAAAUGUCAUGCACUGUUCUCCUACACAAAAUUUUAAAACAAAGGCACACAUUUCUUGCAUUAAGUCAGAUAAUUUUCUGGGGUUAGUUGUCCCUAAAGCUUUUAUGUAUUUUUCUUGUUUCUUUAAGCAAGAAAAUUUAGCCAAAGAUUUGACUUUAAUGGUUCUCAGCAUUGACAAAAACCAGAGAUAUAUAGAUAUAGAUAUAGUGUAUUACUGUAUCUGUCUCUCAUUCCCCUUAAGAGGGGUGUUUGUAAAAGUUUGAUAACAGGAAUGGGAGACAUCUCGCCGGAGAGGAAAACUGGGUGUGGCCUCAUAAAUGCAGUUUUCGGAAGAAAAAGUUUAUGGGCCAAAAAAACGACAACUCAAAGUUCUAUUCCAUCAUCAAACGACAAAAACAGCAACAAUGAAUUCGCCAAAACGACAGCCACCCAGGACUCCAAACGACGUCGUGGUACCUCCGACGAGAUUUCGUUUCUACCUUCAUCUGCUCAACAUCAACAACAACCCCAUCACCCGAAACACGUUGUAAAUAGCAGAGCGACAAACAAUCAGAGACCCCAACAGCAACAGAUUAUCACAAACGACAAUAGAAAGCAGGAGACUUGUUAUCAAACGCAGAACAAAACGUCGGCGUACGCUUAUGUUAACCAAGGUACUAAUAGAAAGGUACCUAAAGAAUCCAUUACAAUAUCUGGUGAGCUUGAGAGUAUGAUUAUUGAUCAUCAGAAGAAUAAAGGUAGUAGUACCCUCGUUCGAGCUUCUUCUAGCAAUGUUAUGCUUUUUGGGAAUUUGGGUAAUCUCAGGCAACAACAGCAGCAGCCUAAUGGGUCUGUUCUGGAUCAUCAUAAUCACCACAAUCAUAAUCAAAACAAUAAUCAUAAUCACGUUCAUUCGAAGCAGAGGUCGAGAGAGGAGAAUCCAAUUAAUAAUAAUUACACAAAUGUUACUGCUACUACUACUAGUAGUAAUAAUAAUAAAACCAGUGAACCAGUUCCUAGUGGGUCAUUGUGCAGAGCUAUAUCGACUAGAAUGGACCCUGAAACGUUGAAGAUAAUGGGGAAUGAAGAUUACAAGAAUGGGAGAUUUGCAGAGGCUUUGGCUUUGUAUGAUGCUGCUAUUUCUAUUGACCCAAAUAAGGCUUCCUAUAGGAGUAAUAAAAGUGCUGCCUUGACUGCCCUUGGUAGACUUCUUGAGGCUGUUUUGGAGUGUAGAGAGGCUCUAAGAAUUGAACCCCAUUAUCAUAGAGCUCAUCUUCGUUUGGCAACCUUAUAUCUUAGAUUAGGGGAACCAGAAAAAGCUACGUAUCAUUACAAACAUGCAGGGCAAGAGGCUGAUAGAGAUGAUCUAGCUAAGGUGAAAUCAAUUCAGAUACAUCUGAACAGGUGCACCGAGGCUCGUAAAACAAGAGAUUGGAACACACUUAUAAAGGAAGCGGAUUUUGCCAUAUCAGCUGGUGCUGAUUCAGCCCCACAGAUUUAUGCUCUACAAGCAGAGGCUUUGUUAAAACUCCACAGGCACCAAGAGGCAGACACAGCACUGUCGAGAGGUCCAAAGUUUGAUGUGGACGAAUGUACUAAAGUUCUUGGUCCUAUUGGCAAUGCUAGCUUGUUAGUCACACGAGCGCUGGUUGAUUUGGCCUCAGGCAGAUUUGAUGAUGCUGUGGAAGCAGCUCAAAGGGCAGGUAGACUGGAUGUGAACAACAGAGAAGCAAAUGGGGUGAUGAGAAAGGCGAAAGGCAUAGCGACAGCUCGGUCGAAAGGCAAUGAGCUGUUUAAGGCAUCAAGAUUUUCAGAGGCAUGUGUGGCUUAUGGGGAGGGACUAGAGCAUGAUCCUUACAACUCAGUGUUGCUCUGCAACCGUGCGGCAUGUCGCUCUAAACUCGGCCAAUUCGACAAGGCAAUUAAUGAUUGCACCGUUGCUCUCAACCUUAGACCCUCUUAUGCCAAGGCUAGGCUAAGAAGAGCUGAUUGCAAUGCUAAGUUGGGAAGGUGGGAAGCUUCAAUACAAGAUUAUGAGGCUUUGCUAGAAGAGACACCAGAGGAUGAGGAGGUUAAAACAGCCUUAUCUGAGGUUCAAGCACAAUUUAGGAGAAAAAUAGCUAAAGACUCAAAUAAUAAGAUGGAGAAUGGUGGAGCAGGAGCCCUUUAAACUCUGCUUGUUUUUAGUUCCUAUACAAAGUACAAUUAAUGCCAAUUUGGAUUAUAUACAUUAGUUUGGAAAUGCUAAUGAGUAAUGGCAUUCUUUUUCAUGUACAAUACCAAUUUCAAGACAUUAAUUUUCACUCAAGUUAUUAUGAUAGUGCACACAUGUGGGAUGAGGUUAUGAAAUAUUAUGAUAGUGCACACAUGUGGGAUGAGGUUAUGAAAUGAAUGAAAAAUGUAAAAAAGAAAAGUGUGAAUUUUAGCGUAGGAGGGAGUGGAUUUUAAUUUAAUUCUUUGGAGAAAGGAAUUCAACGAUUUUAUAGUUACAUUUUGUAGAGGUUUUAUACAUUUUUUUUUUAGUGCUUUUAUACCUAAUAUACUAUAUCCCUUCAAUAAAUCAAUAAUUUAAUUCUCC